CUUGGAGCAGGUCGUGGUAGUAUUUCUGCCAAGAGAAGAUAUUUGGUUAUUCCUGGGGAGAUUAUACCAGCAUACAAAAUGGAUAUUUUUACGGCUAUUUUACCGGUUUUGCUCGUAACGAAACCAGUUUUAGGGUUUGGAGUAGACCCCGAAUUGCAACUGGAUAUCAUCAAUGAACUGGAAUUUGCAAACGCAACAUCUGGAAUAAGCCAAGUGUCCGGGCUCCACAACAACAGCAAAGCCUUCUUAUUUCGAGAUGUGGAUAGAGUAAUUCACGCACCAGCACACAUCACACAGAAGUUGGUUCAGCUGUUCAGAGGUAAAAAUGAAUUCACCUUCCUGGCCUCUGUCCAGCAGAGGUCUUCAACGUCUGGAGUCAUAUUCUCCAUCCACGAGUCUGAGCACAGCUACUUUGAGGUGGAGAGCAGCGGUCUGCGGGAGGAGAUCCGAUACCGCUACCGCUUCAGAGGGAAACCUCGCUCUGAGACCUUCCCCUACAGGCUGGCGGAUGGCCAGUGGCACAAGAUCGCGCUGUCCAUCAGUGCCUCCCACCUGCAGCUCCAUGUCGACUGUAACAGGAUUUACGAGCGUGUGAUAGACCCUCCACAGAUGGAACUGACUUCUGGAAGCAGUGUUUGGGUGGGACAGCAUAGUCACAAGCAUGGUUUAUUCAAGGGAAUCAUUCAAGAUGUCAAGUUUAUUUUUGCUCCGAAUGGUUACAUUGCGCAGUGUCCAAACCUUAAUCGCACCUGUCCAUCAUGUAGUGAUUUUCUGGGCCUGGUACAAGGCAUCAUGGAUCUUCAGGAACUCCUUGCUAAAAUGACUGUAAAGUUGAAUUAUGCAGAGUCAAGGCUGACCCAGCUGGAGAAAUGCCACUGUGAGAAGUCCUGCCAGCUGAGUGGUUUGCGGCAUCGAGACACAGAACUCUGGGCAGAGCCAGACAACUGCAGGAAUUGUGCUUGCAAGAACGGGGUGGUGGAGUGCCGACGGAUAUCCUGUCCGCCUCCUAACUGCUCUGCAGACUCUCUCCCAGUACACAUCAAGGGCCACUGUUGCAAGAAGUGCAGCCCAAAAUGUAGCUUCAUGGGUAAAGUGCUAUCAGAAGGACAGCGUGUUUUGACAAAGGUCUGCAGAGAAUGCAAGAAUGGAGUGAUGGUGAAUGUGACUGACAGCUGUCCUAAGCUCAACUGUACCGUGAGUGAGCAGAUUCUUCCAGAAAACAAAUGCUGCAAUGUCUGCAGAGGUUAUGACUUCUGUGCUGAGGGAAUUUAUUGUGGAGAGAACUCUGUAUGCAAAAACUAUAAUACCAAAGCCAUCUGUGAGUGCAAAAGGGGCUAUACGUCUGCCAUUGGAGACUUCACAAAUUGUGAAGAUAUUGAUGAGUGCUCCACACAGAUGCACUACUGCCAUGCCAACACUGUGUGUGUGAACCUCCCUGGCACCUAUCGCUGUGACUGCCUGCCUGGCUUCAUUAAGGUCGACGACUACUCCUGCACAGAGCAAGAUGAGUGUGCCAGCAGCCAGCAGUCCUGUGACAGGAACGCCAUCUGCACCAACAGCAUCCAGGGCCACACGUGCACCUGUAAGCCUGGCUAUGUGGGCAAUGGCACCGUUUGCAGAGCAUUCUGUAAGGAAGGCUGCCGCAGCGGGGGGACCUGUGUGUCACCUAACACCUGCCUUUGUCCUCCUGGCUUUACUGGACGACACUGCGAGAAAGAUAUCGACGAAUGUGCAGAAGGCCUGAUCCAGUGUCACAACCAUUCCCGCUGUGUCAACCUGCCUGGCUGGUAUCACUGUGAGUGCAGAAGUGGCUUCCAGGACAAUGGAUCUUACCUGCUCGACGGGGGAUCCUGUGUUGACAUUGACGAGUGUGCCACACAGACACACACCUGCUGGAAUGACUCUGCGUGUGUGAACCUGCAGGGGAGCUUUGACUGCUUGUGCACCUCCAGCCCUCCAUGCACGGGAGACUGCCUCCACCAGGGGGCGCUUAAGCAGAACGGGCAAGUCUGGACUCUGGAACAGGAUCACUGCUCUGUCUGCUCUUGCAAGGACGGCACGGUCACAUGUAGGCGGAUGGCAUGUGACUGCCAGAACCGCAGUGUAGAUUUGCUAUGCUGUCCAGAGUGUGACACUCGACAGAGUAGCCAGUGUGUACACCAGAGUGGCAGCAUGCUCUACCACAGCGGGGACAAGUGGAUCUACAGCUGUCAGCAGUGCAGAUGUCUGGCAGGAGAGGUGGACUGCUGGCCCCUCGCCUGUCCCACGCUCUCCUGCGAGUACACGGCAGUGUCUGAGGACGAGUGCUGCCCACGCUGUGUCACAGACCCCUGCCUCGCCGACAACAUCAGCUACGACAUCAGGAAAACGUGCGUGGACAGCGCUGGCAUCACACGCCUCAGUGGCUCUGUGUGGGACGUGCCCGGGUCUCCCUGUACCACAUGCAUAUGCAAGAACGGGAAUGCCUGCUGUUCAGUGGAGUUGGAAUGUCUUAUGAACAACUAAACACAGCUCUUACUGAAGGCUUAGAGCGCUUCUCUGGUUUAAAGAGCUAGCUCUGUUAUUUUUUAAGUUUUAUUUUUGUUCUGCAAUACACCAGACUAUGGCCUAAGUGUCAACACCUUGGAGGCGCCUGGAGCUUUGCUUUCAGAAAGAACGGUCGCUCUACUGGCUGUAGCACCGGGAGAUGCUGCUAAAGCCGUAGUGGACUGAACGUGUCUGUCACAAAAGCGAGAUCAACCCACGAUUUCUCCCGGUCCUCCUUGGUCAGUGUGGCGUGUUUUUAGGUUUUUGCUCAUCAAAAGAGAAGCAACAUGAACUAAACAGGUUAUUGGCAGCACUGUUACUGAUACGUUUAAGAAGGGAAAAACAUUUUUUUGAAAGAGCAACAGCCUCCCUCUUAACUUCCGAGGUCGCAACUAUAUAACCCCAUCAUGGGGGCUCCCCUUUCAAUGAGAACCAGUACCCAACAAUCGCCCAGCUAAAUAAGUAGUUUACAUUAAGUCUAAUAACUAAAGACAUUCCUAAAAUCAGGAUAAAGUUGUGCGCAGUAGCAAAUUCAGUAGGUAGAAAGCAAGGGCGUAGGUUUGGUUUCAACGCUGGUAAGGACCAAAUCAGCCCCGAACCCACUCCACCAAACACACACAGUACUCCCACAAUAUUGGAAGGGACAUGUCUCUACUGUCCAUACCCCAAAAAAUGUCCUUGGUAGACAAAUUCCUCCAAAAGAAUAACUCCAAAAGAUGUUCUCAUAUUAACAGUGACAAAAUGUUAGAGAGAAACCCUCUUUCUUGUGUAUGUGUGUGUGUAUGUGUAUUUAUAAAUAUAUAACUAUGUACUGUGCAAAUGUCUUCGGCAGUCAAAGAAAAUGUUUAAAGCUCUUUAUCUGCGUAGUACUUGAGUGUCUGGUCAAAAUAAACAAUUUAACAUUAGAAAAUAUGCUAAUUAUCCAUAACAACAAAAUCUAACAAGAAUUUGUUCUGUUCUUCAAGAAGUCACUGGCAUACUGUGGGCUGGCUAGAUGAACACCACUUCAGUUCCCAAACCGCUCCUCAGGGGCACUGCAUCCAUUACACGUAUUCGCUAAAUUUAACCACAGCUCAAUUAAUUAGAUAUUUUAAUUAGUUAAAUAAUAAGCAAUGUACUGUUUAGCCAAACAAGGUGUGCUAGUGCCCAAAGAAUACAAGGGUCUGUUAGGGCUGCCAGGGUUACUUUCGAAGACCUUUUGAAGAUGCUAAGGAGAUAUACAAUGAAGAUCAUUUUCUUUGACUUUUGCACAAUGCUAUGCAUGAUGUAUAUAUGCACACACACAUGCACAGGAUGAGCCUUGGAGUAGCACAGUAGCGAUUGGCAGAGACAGCUAACAAUGCCAGUUUUUUUUCAGCACUCAAAACAGCCCCCUCUCCUUUUGUCAUUCGUGGACUAUAUGAAAUGACUAAAACAUUUUCCCUUAGAUUUUCUGUGUAAAUGUAAAAUACUGAGCUUUUGUUCAUAAUUUCCAAAAUUGUGUAUUUAUCUGAAUUUGGUGGGGGUUCCUUGUCUGUAAAUACUGUGUAAAGCUAGGACUAUAUCAAGAAGACACUGGACGUGUUAAUAUAGAUUCUUCAGUCCUAAGCUACCUACUUGUAGGAGAAAGCAAAGUGUGUAUUUUUUAACAACACUGAUUUUGUGUGUGUAUUAUUGUCCAAAACUCGUAGUAUUGGUUAGCAUAGAAGCACUGAUUAUUAUUUCUAUUAUCUGACAGCAAUGAAAUCUGUCAAUUCUAAUGAGGAAAAAUAUGGAAAGAAUAAUGAUCAACCUUGAACAAUACGAAUUGCACUUUCAGUAUAUUGCUGAUCUCACAUUUGGUGUCAUAUUGUAAUUAAUUGAUUUUAUCUGCCAUAAAAUUGUCCUUUAGAAAGAACCUGAAUGAAAUACACAAGAAAACGUCUUGUCAUAAUUUGAUGGCUCCUUUUUUGGAAAAAAAUAUUCAACUCACAAAUUGGCUAAAUAUUUCAUUCAAGUACUCAGUGUAACAUUCUACGGUGUACAGUAUCUCUUCUGAGUUCACUAAAAGUCAGCAUUGUGAUGGAGAACUCUGUACAUUUUUUCAUUUAAUAAAUAUUUUAGUUGUUUAA